AUGUUCUUCCCGAGAGCACGCGUCGCCCCCUCGGACAACACCUCCGAGGGCUUCUGGGUGGACCUCUCGUGCCACCCAGACAUCGAGAGCCGCAGGCGAAGCUCGUCGAUCUCAAAUUCUAGGUCCCUGUCGAUGCCUGCGUCGAGGUCGACCACCCCUGUGCAGCGAUCCUUCAGCGACCCCUCACCUGUCAAGGAAUUGGUGACCCCCAUCAUCAUGGAGGAGGUGUGGGGGAGGGCCAGGAGCGACAGGCGUACCUCCUCUGCGUCCUGCAUCAUCGAGAUGAAGUGGGGCUCGAGCGUCUUCCUGCCAGCCCACCGCGCGGGGGAGAAGUACAGGAGGCGUGCGAGCGAAAUCGGAGACGCCCUGGGGCGCAAGGGCAUGGCCGUGGCAGACUUCAUCAGCCAGGACCGUGGCAGGGCCAUCUUCGACCGGUUCUCCAAGCUGGACCGGUUGCUUCCCGGAGCGGUGCCCUCUAACGUGUCCUACUCCGCGGCAGGCCCAAGCAGGCUGGGGGCGUUCGAGGUGCACGUCGUUCAGGGCACGUGGGAUCCGGCACGGUGCUGCCCAUGCAAGGUGGGCGCGGGUGCUGUCGGGAGCCAGCACGGGGGCCCUGCGUCUCACUUGCCAGGCUACGGCGUCAUCUGCGCCAGCUGCGUCGCACGCGUGACGGGCUCGUCGGCCGCGCUGGACGAGUCAAGGGGCGGCAUGUCCGAGCAGCACACGCUGAUGCACUCCAAGCUCUGGACCAGGCGGUGGCCCCACAUGCAGCAGCUGCUCAAGGACAUCGCCUGCGCAGUGAUUCCGCCACCGCCACCGCGAGGGGUCGACUUUCAGAUCUUGCCGGCGCCGAGUAGCCAGUUCCAACCGCUGUCAGUGAUCCCCCUAGCAGCUCUUGGGCAGAUGCCGCCGAGGAAGGCCUAUCCAGAGGAUCGGGCGGUGACCAUGCAGAAGAAGCUGAAGGCGCUGGACUGCCCUGCUCAGAAGGGAUGGAGAGUGCAGGCCUCGGGUUCAGACGUAUGCAGGUGCGGCGGAGGGUCCCACACCCUGAAGCUCGACGGUGGUAAAGACAGCCUUGCCGUACUGAUGAAGCAACUUGAGUUCGACAAGGAGCAUUUCAUGAAAUGGUGCGCCAGCAACAGGGGCAGCUGGGCGGGCAAGGAAGUCAAUGCCUUCCUGCAGGCCUACCUGCAGAGUGACGACCCAGCCAUGAAGGAGAAGAUGGCACAGCAGAAGAGAGAGCUGGACCAGUCCAUCGCCAAGAUCGAUGCUGACCACCAGUCGGUGAAGGCCACUCACGAUGCGCUGGUCGCAAAGAAGGCAAGCCUCGAGCAGGAGAUGGAGGAGACGUGCGCCCGCUGGAAGGCGGCCCACGAGGCCGGCCUCGCCGAGGCGAACCGCGCCUUCGUGGCCCACUGCGUGGCGCUCGUCGGCACGCUGGGCGACGGCGCCUCCGGGAUCAGCUGCGGCUCCUCGGUGGACGACGCCGUGAGUGCCGUGAAGGAGGUCCACGCCCUGCACCAGCAGCGCUGGCGGGCCUACCAGGACUGGGCUCAGCUGGCCGACGCCUGGUCCGACGUGCCGGAGGCCUUCCAGUUCCGGCCGGACCUCGCGGGGUGUGAUCCGAAGGAGGCGGCGGCCCUCGCAGGGGAGGUGCGGGCGGCUUCGGAGCAGGCCGGCGUGAGGAUCUCCGAGGCGCUGGCGAAGGCGUCCAGGGCCCCCUACGAGGAGUCCCUGAAGGCGUCGGCGGCGAAGUGGCAGGCCGCCGUGCAGGAGUUCGAGCAGGCGAAGAGGCAGGCUUCCCAGUGA